GGUCAACUAAAAUUGGAACGGCACGGCAGUAAAAUUUUGUUAGGGUCAAUGCAACCCAUAUAAUGUGUGAGUGAAACUUUUUGUGAGUAAUUUUAUAAAAUUAAUCUGAUAAAAUCCUAUAAAAAUUUCCCGGACAAAACGUGUUUGAAUAGGUCUUUUAACUAUAUUACUCGCAUAUACUCUGUCUAAAGUUAAAAUACUAUAUAGUGCAGUAGAGAAGAGAUUUUUUAAGCGCGUUCUGCGGACGAGUCUAAUACGCAGCGCUGUGAAGAAAGGGAGCUUCUAGGCUGGGCCUACGCGCAGUGCUGUGGAGUGGGAGAAGUCCCCCAAGUUUUGUACGAUCUCGAAAGACGUGCAAAAUUUUACACUCAGUAACUGAGAAUCAUAUGACGAUAAAGACGUGCUGUGCAUUUCGGAAAGAGAGCUGUUGUUAUUUUGGAAAUUUAUUACGCAAAAUGGAAUUGCGAUCACGAAAAUCGUCAGAAGUAGUAAAUAUACUUUUGAAAUCCGCUGAAGAAAAUUUUGACAAUAUAGAUAAUUUGAGCGACAAAGGAGAAGACUAUUUAGAAAAACACUGCUCAACAGUGUCCGAGGAAGAAGCUGAAUCUGACAUAAAUGACUCAGGACAAAUUAUUGAUCCAGAUGAGAGGCAGCGUAAAAAGAAGGGACGUUCAUGUAAAUAUUUACGCGCAUCUAAUUUUAAAUGGUUGUUUAACGCACCAGAAUCUCGAGGUAGAUCAAUUAAAACAGAAUUUGACACUAUAAAAGCUAAAGCAAAAAGUGCUGCAAAAUCCGUUUCAAUACUGCUCGAAACCUGGUCUCUUCUUUUAUCAGAUGAUAUUUUAAAUAAAAUUAUUUUACACACGAACAUAGAAAUCGAAUGGCAUCGAUAUAAAUUACUAACUGAAAAUAAAUUCAUACCAUCUUAUUACAACCAUAUGACUUUAAUGGAGUUUAAAGCUUUUAUAGACUUAUUGUGUUGUGCUGGAUUCAAUAAAUUAAAUUAUACGAAUAUUCGACGUUUAUGAUUUCCGUUUUCAAUGCCGUUAUUUAAUGCAACGAUGUCAGAAAACAGAUUCACAUUUUUAUUAAUUUGUCUCCGAUUUGAUGAUAAAGAAACGCGCGCACAGCGUUAAAAAACUGACAAUUUUUCUCGCAUGAGAGAAAUAUGGGAUGGCUUUAUUGCGAACUGUAUAAAAUAUUAUGAACCUAGCAAUACUUGCACUGUAGACGAACAGUUGCUCAAUUUUCGCGGCCGAUGUUGUUUUCAUAUGUAUAUUCCAAGUAAGCUAGAUAAAUAUGGUUUAAAAAUUAUAUCUUUAAAUGACACAAAAAUAUUUUAUAUGAUUAAUGCGAUUCCAUAUGUAGGAACUGUAAGGGAUAAGGAUCCAAUGGAAUCAAUACCAACUUAUUAUGUUCGACAAAUUUGUGAGCCUAUUUAUAAUAGCAAUCGUAAUAUAACAUGUGAUAAUUGGUUCACAUCUGUACUUCUCGUUGAUAAAAUGAAAAAAGAUUAUAAUAUUACGAUUGUAGGAAUAAAAAAAAAAAAAAAAAAAACGAGAGAUUCCGAAUCCGUUCAAAA